AUGGAUCCAAUCAAAUACUUAUUUGAGAAACCUGCGUUGACUGGAAGAAUUUCUUGUUGGCAGAUGUUAUUAUCAAAGUACGACAUCCAAUAUCGUGCCCAAGAAGCCAUCAAAGGAAGUGUUUUAGCCGAUCAUUUGGCCUCUCAACCUAUUGAUGAUGAUCAAUCCUUGCAAGAUGACUUCCAGGAUGAAGAGAUCAUAGGAAUUGGGGCAGUCAUUGUUAUACCACAAGGUUCUCACGUACCAUUUACUGCAAGACUAAUGUUUGACUGCACCAACAAUAUGGCAGAAUACGAAGCUUGUAUCAUAGGACUAGAAGAAGCCAUUGAUCUUAGAAUCAAGAUUCUAGAUGUGUAUGGAGAUUCUGCUGUUGAGUUCCAUCACAUACCUCGUGAGGAAAAUCAAAUGGCAGAUGCAUUGGCCACUCUAGCUUCCAUGUAUCGAGUGAAGUUUCCAAAUGAAGCUCCUCAAAUUACAAUCAUGCGCCUGGAUAGGCAUGAUCAUGUAUUCGGUGUUGAAGUUAUCACAAAUGACAAGCCGUGA